UCAAUGACACGCCACAGGCAAUGCUUCCUGUUGCCACACGUGAUGUAGUCAAUUUAAGAUCUUGAGAAAGAGGUUCCGGGCUUGUAAUUGUAUGUAUUUGUUUUUGUAGAAAGUCAGUUUAAAACUAUCAUUAUAAAUAUUGCGGCGUUUCAAGGUUCAGUUUCGUGUAAUUUCCACUAAGGUUUGAAUACCGUAAUGCGUCUUUUUGUGGAAGAAAGGAGAAACGUUGCCCUUCACAGCAUAAAUGCUCGGAGCUGAAACAAGACAGAUACUGGUAAAUAAAUAAAGGUAACUUUCCCCGGUGUGAGGAGGAGCAUGAUGUAACCGGAAACACUCUGCCCCAGUGAAGACGCACCCCCGGCUCAGGCAUGGGCAGUAACAGCCGCAUCGAGUGUAUCUUCUUCAGUGAGUUCCACCCGACCCUGGGACCAAAGAUCACCUACCAAGUCCCAGAGGAGUACAUUUCCAGAGAGCUGUUCGAUACUGUCCAGGUUUACAUCAUCACAAAGCCUGAACUGCAGAACAAACUCAUUACAGUCACGGCAAUGGAAAAGAAGCUGAUUGGCUGUCCGGUGUGCAUCGAGCACAAGAAGUACAGCCGCAAUGCUCUGCUGUUUAACCUGGGCUUCGUGUGCGACGCUCGUGCCAAAACCUGCGCCCUGGAGCCUAUCGUCAAGAAACUUUCUGGAUACCUGACAACACUAGAGCUGGAGAGCGGAUUCAUUUCCAAUGAAGAGAGCAAGCAGAAGCUGGUGCCAAUCAUGUCCACACUGCUGGAGGAGCUGAAUGCCAAAGGGGAGUGCACCUUACCCAUCGACGAGUCCAACACCAUCCAUGUGAAGCUGAUUGAUCAGCGGAAGGACCCUCUGAUCGUGCAGGAGUAUGACGUGCCUGUCUUCACUGAGUGCAAGGAUGAGUUCUUCAGAUCACAGUGGGACCUCACCACACAGCAGAUCCUGGCCUAUAUUGAUGGGUUCCGUCACAUUCAGAAGAUCUCAGCUGAAGCGGAUGUGGAGCUGAAUCUAGUUCGAAUCGCUGUGCAGAACUUACUGUACUAUGGAGUUGUGACCUUAGUCUCUAUCUUUCAAUAUUCAAAUGUGUACUGCACCACCCCCAAGGUCCAGAAUCUCAUAGAUAACAAGUCCGUUCAGGAGGAGUGUCUGCUCUACGUCACAAAGCCAGGUCAGAAGCGUGCCAGCCUGCGAGAUGUGUUCCAGCUCUACUGUGGACUGAGCCCUGGCACCACCGUGAGAGAUCUGUGCUCCAGAUACGCUCAGCAGCUCCACAGAGUCGACGAGAGGAAGCUGAUCCAGUUUGGGUUGAUGAAAGGGUUCAUCCGACGGCUGCAGAAAUACCCCGUGAAGGCGACCCGCGGCGAUAGAAGCCGCCCGCCCCAGCUCUACACUGGUUGCCAUAGCUACGAUGAGAUCUGCUGCAAAACAGGAAUGAGCUACAGAGAGCUGGACGAGCGGCUGGAGAACGAUCCCAACAUCAUCGUGUGCUGGAAAUGAACUCGCUGGGGGCAGUCAGCUGCAGCUGUGGCAGGGAAGAGACAGGCUGGGACGAGCCAAGUCAGCAGAGAGAUAAAGAGGGAUCAGAAAUAUCCCGGAAAUCAAAGCAAAAACACAUGCCAGUAUCAUAAUGAAGGAUUUGCUGUGCACUGGGAUGAAAGAGAACCAGUUUUUGAAACUAAUCCAAGCAGGGAAUUUCUGUUUUCAUUGAAACAGAAGGAAUGAUUACACAAUACUGGGUGCAGCUGUAUUAAAAUCAUGCAAAAAUAAAAGCUUGUGUUGGUUAGUAAAA